GAACUGACAGAAGAUCUGCAUCCACAGCCCGACACACGGCCGUCUCGCAACCGCCAGGGGUCACGUGGUUUGGGAGCUGUCGCGUCCGAAAGUAGCCUGGCCCUUUAAGGAGCACCGGCCCGGGCUCUCCCGGUCAUGGGAGGAGUCAAAUGUCGAGCAGACGUGGCAACACAUGACGUCAUCAAAUAGGGUCGUUGGUUUGUUCGGCGAAGUGCGGAGCUACUUUUGCUAGCAGGUAUACGCAGAGAAGAUGAUGGAAGAAAGUGGGAUAGAGACGACCCCUCCUGCGAGCCCUGUACCGCCUCUGACUCUGGCAGCGACGGUCAGCGCCCCGCCAAUGACCAUCGGUCUGUCCGGCACUCCGUCCCUGCCUGGCAUCUGCUCCAUCGGUUCGCCCUCCACCAGUCUCACCCCUGUUCCCUCCCGGCCUGCUUUCAGCACCCCCCCUCCCACACACCCCUCGCUGUCUUCCCCCAUGCCCCCUCUCUCUACCCCCGCCUCCCCUUUCACAAGCAGCUCUCCCUAUCCUCCUUCCAACUCCCCCUUCCCUCCUUCCACCUCCCACUCUUUGCCACACCUGGCCGCCUCCGUUGGACCUCCUCCUCUGUUGGCCCCUUCCACCUCCCCCUUCCCUCCCUCCACCUCCACCUCCCCCUUCCCUCCCUCUACCUCCACCUCCCCUUUCCCCCCUUCCGCCUCCCACUCUUUGCCACACCUGGCCGCCUCCGUUGGACCACCUCCUCUGUUGGCCCCUCCCUCCGGCCCGCCCAUGUCCACCUUCUCCAUGAGUGCAGGAUAUGACAUAACGCGCGGUCAUGCAGGCCGAACGCCACAGACUCCAUUAAUGCCAACCUUCUCCGGUCCUACCGCCAUGCCAGGUAUAGUGCCAGACCCCAUGGUGCAGCAGCCAGCAAUGACAGGAGGAUUAGAUACAGGAUCUCCCAUCACUUUCCCAAUGGAGCAGGAAGACCCCAGGGGUCCCGAACACACCAACCCAGGAGGAGGCAUCUGGGGCUUUUUCAAGGGAGUAGCAGGUAACACGGUGGUGAAGACGGUCCUGGACAGAACCAAGCACUCAGUGGAGUCCAUGAUCACCACUCUGGAUCCGGGCAUGGCUCCCUAUAUCAAGUCUGGCGGGGACAUCGACAUAGUGGUGACUUCCGACAAGGAGGUCAAUGUGGAGGCAGUCAGAGACGCCUUCCAGGAGGUAUUUGGGAUGGCCUUGGUCACCGGAGAGCCCGGUCAGUCCAACAUCGCCCCUCAGCCUGUGGGCUACGCCGCCGGCGUCAAGGGGGCUCAGGAGCGCAUCGACAGCCUGCGGCGAGCCGGUGUGAUCCAUGAGAAGCAACCAGUGGUCUCUUUGGAAAACUUCAUUGCAGAGCUCUUUCCUGACAAGUGGUUUGACAUUGGCUGUCUGAUCCUGGAGGACCCUGGUCACAGCCUUCGCCUUGAGGUCUUCACUCAGGCAACUCCUCUGGCUCUGGAUCACGUCCAACAGGCUCAGUCCCUGACGCCUCCAGACUACAGCCUGCGCUGGUCGGGUCUCAUUGUUACGGUGGGCGAGGUUCUGGAGCGCAGCGUGCCCAACGUCAACAGGACGGACUGGCACCAUGCCGUGACGGGUAUGACCCAGCGGCAAAUGAUCCAGAGCGCUGCCAAAGCUCUGGCUGGAAUCUACAAACGGAAGCUACCCCCCAGGACUGUGUGAGGCCGAGCGGUCGCAGUGUCGGUCACAUACUGGGAGGAAUGGGAUGGCAGGGUUCCGUGUGUCUUCCGAUGCAUCCUCCACCUGUCCUUCUGGGGCAAAGCCAAAUGCACAUUUCAUUGGAAGUUGUUAACGUUUCUGCUCACAUCCCAACAUGCCAGCAGGCAUAAGGCCUUCAGAUAUUAAGCUUCACUGAAACAGACUAAUCAUUUCAUCACUCUCCUUAUUACUUCAUCAUUUUGUGUAUAUUAAUAUCAACAACCUUACCCUUUGUUUAGAGCGAGGAAAAGAGAAUGAAAUACUGUUAGCUGUGGCACUAGAUCGCUUUGCCUGCUGACCUUUUCUCCUUAUCCAACAGCAGGAGUAAACAUCUACCUAAAUUAUUUUUCCACAUUUUGUAUUUUACCAACUCCACAGAACAUGUCUUAUGUGUGCUGAAGAAUGAAGCCAAAGGUUGGUAUUUUAAAGCUGCAUUCUUUCUUCUGACCACCAGGGGGUGACUCCUCUGUUUAGAAGUCCAUGGGAAAAUGAUGCUUAUUCAGUAAACAUUGUAACCAUGAGUUUCUCUAGUUUCAAGUUUCCUUCAGUACAACCUGAUGUUCAUUUAGUAAAUGGAUGUCCCAUUUAGAGUGAAACAGACCAUAGAGAUGGGGAUGGCUUAAGGUUGGUCAAUUAGCAGCAGCUGGACCACAUUGGGAACCAGUUCAUCACACCAGACAGACUUGUUUGGCUCAAAGAGAUAAGCCCCAACAGAGUGCUGCAAAUAGUGAUUACAGGUAUAUUUAGAGAGAUGGUUUUAAAACCAGUCAACAUUUAUUAGAAACCUAAAAUGAGCAUAAUGUCUCUUUUUUUAGCUGGUCCAAAAUGUAAUUUUAACAAUCUUAUUCUUUACGUAAACAACUUCUACUCGUUUUUUAUUUGAGAAAACCUUCAGCUGUGGCCACCUUGAUGUAAAAAAAAAAGCUGCUGGGGCCCCUAUUAACUUUUAUAACAUUGUUUUCUGUGUGGUGAUUUGAUAAAUGCCAAUUUGAUUUACAAACUUAUAGUAUAAUGUUAUUUACAUUUGAUUUAGAUUUUUGGGGCCAUGGACACAAAGCUCUUUAAAGCAUGGACUCAAUAUGAAGCACUUGUGCUGAAAUGUUUGAUGCGGUCCAAAUGGUUUCCUCUACUGAAGAAUGGAAGUAGUCUCUCUUGCCCGGUUCAGAUCCCCACACUGAGGUGAAGUCUUUAUAUACAGUGGGGAGAACAAGUAUUUGAUAGACUCCAGCUACGGUGGUCAUGGCCGUGCAGGAGAGGUUGGAGUCUGUUUGAGCGUGUGGACAGAUGUCUUUCACACAGCUGACCAGUUCAAACAGGUGCAGUUACUUGAGGUAAUGAGUGGAGACCAGGAGGCCUUCCUAAAGACAAACUAACAGGUCUGUGAGAGCCACAAUUCUUAUUGGUUGCUAGGUGAUCAAAUACUUAUUCUCCCCACUGUAUUUAGUUUAGUCAUUUUCCCGAUUGUCAAUCCACUAAAUCCUUCCAGAAUCAGUGUAUAGUGUGCAACUGGGACAUAGCUAAAACGGUAUGACAUCAUGUUAUAGAUUUAAUCUAUUCAGUUUUAAGCAUUUAUUGAUUCUGGCUGGUUGUAUUUCAAAUAUUUGUUGUAUGUAUUCACUCGUUGGGUAACAACACGUUUACCCAGGAGUACUUGCAACAGGAUGAUAAUAGUAACCUGUGAUUGGAUAAAAAGGAGACCAUAGUCUGGCAGUUAAAACACUAUCAGUACCAGAGGUCCCUCACACAGACGCCUAAACACUGUUUGUAAUUGUUCUUCUGCGUAUUUGGCUUCUCUUAAAUGUGCCUUUUUACACGAAUAAAGUAAAUACUUUUUAAUGCUG